AUGAGGGUCGGCAGUAACACCCGGGUCAUCAUCAAAAACCUGCCUCUGUCGCUCGACGAGAAGGGUGUCGAGCGCCUAAUAUCGGAUAAGUGCAAGGAGCUCGGUCUUGAGCUCACGGACUGCAAGCUGCUGUGCAAGAACGCCACGAACCCAAAGGCCAAGAACGCGAAGAACGCCGGCGGCAAAGAGGCCGCGGUGUCGCGCGGGCUGUGCUUCGUUGGGUUUGCCGACGAGAAAGACGCGACCAAGUUCAAGGAGUACUACGAUGGCACCUACUUCCGGGCCUGCAAGGUCACUAUUGAGUUCUCCCGUCCGCCGCCCCGCACGCUGCCGGAGGGCAGCGACGAACCUAAGAAAACCGAACGGGUGGUUGCGAAGUCGAAGCGUGACUGUGGCGACGGUGAGGUGGCGACAACGCUGGUGAAGCAGGUCAGGAAGUACACGAAGGCCGGCGUGUCCGGUGAGAGGAAGCACACGGUGUUCGAGGACAACGACGCGCAAAGCGACUCCGAGACGGGCGGAAGUCAGACCCACGACCCGGAACCUCCAAGCGACGCUGAUGAACAGGAGGAAUCCACCGACAACCUGGACAGGGUGAUUUUGUUUAACCUGCCGUACAAUGUCACCGAGGCGGCAAUCAGGGAGCUGUGCAGACCCUUCGGUCCCAUCACCGACAUCCACCUGCCGCUGAAUCGGCAGAAUGACGCUGAUUCGGACGGCGGGAAGCUCACCAAGGGCUACUGCUACGUGUCGUGGGUGUUCCCAUCCGACGCGGUAAAGUUCCGCGACGCGAAAAAUCGCACCAUAUUCUGCGGGCGGAUAAUGCACGUCAACCUGGCGAAGCCGAAGGACAACGGCAGCAGCGGUGAGGCGGCUACGUACGAGGAAUUCAGCCGGCGAUUCGCGCGCAGGAACACGGAGAAAUCGUCGUACAAGCGGGAGAUGCAGAAGAAGAAGCUGGCCAACGCCGAGAACGCUACCAUUUGGAACACGCUUCACAUCGACAUCAACGCAACCAUUUCUGCAGUGUCCCGUCAACUGGAACUUGACAAACGGGACAUCGUGGACGAGGCUAACGCAGCCGUAAACGUGGCGCUAUCGGAGACACUGGUUCUGAACAAGCUCACCAAGUGGCUCGACGAGCAGGGUGUGGACUACCAGCAGUUCCAGGUGUCGAAAUCGGCAGAAACAAAGGAUCAGGACGCGGGGAAGGAUGCGGAUAGCACGGAAAACGAGGUCAAGCGGGUGACUCGAUCGGACGACACGUUGAUCGUGAAGAACCUCCCGAGCGACGCUGACGAGGCUGACCUGGUCGAGAAAUUCGCCAAAUACGGCCAGCUGCUGCGACUCGCCAUUGCGCCGUACGCAGUCAUGGGCAUUGUGCAGUACCUGGAGCCUAAGGCCGCCCAAGCGGCCUUUCGGGGCUUGGCGUACACGCCGUACCUCGGGCUGCCGCUGUACCUCGAGUGGGCGCCGGUCAAGCUCAUACGCGAAGGGGCGCCAGUUCCGGCGCUCGCCACCAAGAAGAAACCGGCUGGCAAGUCGGCGGUGGAGCAACCACGCGGAAGCGAACCACCCGCCGCCGGGGACCUAUCGCAAGAGGCCGAGGCUGAGGACGACGCUGAGGUUUCAACCAACGUGAGCAUUUACCUCAAGAACCUCAACUUCAAGACCCGCGACGACGCCCUCAAGAACCACUUCGGCUCGUGCAGGGGCUACGUUUCCAGCAAGGUGGUCAUGAAGGACAACGCCACCCUCUCCCGAGGUUUCGGUUUUGUGGAGUUCGACAGCCUGGCCAACGCCAAGGCCGCGAUCAGGGCCAAAACCGGGCUUUUGAUAGACGGUAAGGUCAUCGAAAUGUCCAUCGCCAAGCGCGCGGAGAAGCCGCCAGCCGAGAUUGCGGAGAGCAGAAUCCUCGAGGCCACCAACAAGAUAAUCGUCAAGAACCUGGCCUUCCAGGCCACCCGGCAGGACCUGUACAAAAUGUUCAGCUACUACGGGAACGUCAAGUCCGUCCGCAUCCCCAAGAGCCUCAAAAGCAACAACAGGGGGUUCGCCUUCGUGGAGUUCCUCAGCAAGCAGGAGAGCGCGCGCGCCGUCGAGGCGCUGCAACACACACACCUCUACGGGCGCCACCUUGUGCUGGAAUUCGCGGAGGAAGACCCGGCGGAGGGCCAAUUGGCCGAGUGA